AUGGCGUCCAGUUCGGCGCAGAACCUGACGCGCAUCCCCAUUCCGCCAGCUGACAACAUAUCGGCGAUUCGGUUUUCCCCGGAUGAGAAUUCCAGCGCUUUUGCCGUCGCGUCGUGGGACAGCAAGGCGUACAUCUACCGGGCCGACCAGGGCACGAUGCAAACGAAGUUUACGUGUCCCUUUCCCACGACCGACUGCUGCUGGCUGGACAGUACCAAAGUGGUGUUUACCAGUUUGGACGCGCGGAUCACGGUCAUGGACGCGCGGACCAGCCAGAUUGUGGCACAGUUGGACCGUGCGCACGACAACGGGAUUCGGGCGGUGUCUAUCAAAUGUAAAAAUGUCUGGGUCUGGAAGAAUGCAACUCGUCAUGCUAAAUCUGAAGCAUGCAAAAAUCUGUGUUGCAUGAUUACCAAAAGUCGUCCAGUUUUGACCAAGUCGGGAGGGAGUUUCUCAUGCAGGAUAGGCAUGAGUGAGAUCGCAAAGAAUCUGUCAUGCUAGGUCCUGCUGCAUUCCAGGCUUCGUGGGUCAUGGAAAAGCUGCAUGAUAAAUCGCGCAUUCUUCCAGACCCAGACAUUUUUACAUUUGAUAGUGUCGAGAGUGGACCACGGGACGAUCAUAACCGGGUCGUGGGACCGGAAGGUAAAGCAGUUCGACAUCCGGUCCAUGAAAAACACCGCCACGGCGCCGGUCAGCGCGAAGGUGUUUUGUCAGGACAUCACGCCCGAAGUGCCAGCGCUAUGCAUUGCAAAUAUGGCUGGGAGGUCUGGAAUGAUGUUGCAACUUGUGAUGCUGCCUGUGGAUUCUAAAAAAUCUCUGUAUUGCAUGAGCAGGAACAAGAGGAGUCCAGGUUUUGCGGCGAAAAGAGGGCAUUUGUCAUGCGGGAUAGGCAUCAAGGCGCCCUCAGAAAAUCUGUGAUGCUAGGGCAUCCAUAACGGACACCGUAGGACGUGGAAAUUCUGCAAUACAAGUAUGCAUCCAUUCAGACUACCCAGACAUAUUUGCACUCGAUACGCGCCCUCCGCGUACAACGGGAGUUCCAGCUCCUCGUCCAGCCGAAAGCUGGUAGUCGUAUGAACUGCAAAAGUAUCGUACUCGUAUAAAUGCAUUACAAAUUUUCUCAGCAUGAGAAAUAAAAUUUGUAAUACGGAUUUACCUUAACAAAUUGCAAUACGUAUGCGAGUACGAUACUUUUGCACAGGAUAAGUCGGCGGGCACGACAAGAAAAUCCACGUGUUCGAGCUUCGCGGCGGGUCGAUCGCGAAGAUAAAGGAGGAGGACAGCGCGCUCAAGUACCAGCUACGCGCCAUAGCCUGCAUGCCCGACGGCUUGGGCUACGUGCAGGGAAGCGUAGAGGGGAGGGCCAGUUGGGAGUAUAAAUUUCGUUUUAUGCAGCUAGAAGAUGAAGGCUUUUUAUGUCAGCUUAACUUUCUUAUGAGACAUUCUGCACAAUUAGUUGAAAAAUAAUUAGUAAAAUGUAUUUUUUGAUUGUGGAGAGGCGCCGUACCGUCGGCGGAAUGCUGCUUUUCCAGUACCUGACCUGUACUUGUAGUGGAUCCGGUUUCUGGUAAGGUAUGUUUUGGAGUGGUCUGAUCAUGUACUUACUCAGGCUCCGAUCUGAACUAGCUAGCUAAGGUGGUGGCCACCCCAUUCUAAAGAAGCCAGGGAGCCAGCGUCGCGGCCCCGUCUAUCUCGACUUGAGUCACGCCCUUUCAGCAGCUGGUAGGCCGCCAACCUUCGCCGGGGCCCCGUCAGCAUGAGUUGAGCAGUUUUGACAGCAAUUCCUUAUACUGGAACGCGAAAAAGCAAUGAUUUUCGGCAAGUUGCAAUUAGUUGGCGCAACUCGAGAGGCAAAAAAAGGGCCUCAGAAUGACCCCUCCCGGAACGCAGAUACCCAUCGUGAGUAGAGGUUCGCGGAGGGGGCUUCCUGGACCCCCUAUCUGGGGGGGUCGUGAACGGCGUUCCCCGACGGUACGGUGGAAAACAAAGCAUAGCAUCGCGAUUGGAACCCGAAACCGCAACCGGAACUGGAGACCUUGGCACAGACGGGGCCCCGGCGACGGUUGGCGGCCUACCAGCUGCUGAAGGAGGCGGCUCUACCCACCGUUCAACCCUAAUACGCAGCUUCCUUCUGGGCUCCUCCCGCAGACUGGCUUCCUGCUUCUUAAAGUAGCUAGUUCAGAUUGGAGCCUAGUUUCAUAUGCUAUUGAAGCAGGUGUGCCAAGGUCUCCAGUUCCGGUCGCGGUUUCGGGUUCCAGUUUCGGGCUCACCUCGGAGCUGACAGGCUGCUAAAUGCAGCCUCUUUGAGAUCAAAAAAUGAAAUUUACUAAUUAUUUUUCAACUAAUUGCGCAGAAUGUCUCAUAUUUCUGAAGCUUGUUGCGUGCGACCCGUUCGUCAGCGGCGUCUAUGUUUCCCGAAACCGGAUCAAUGUUUCUACCAAGCGCAAGCCGAUUUCGUGAUGAGCAGUUCUUCCUUUGCUAGACGCGCCCUUGUGUAGUGAUGCACGGGGCAUGUGGUAGGCAACAACUUUCGAAAAGAGAUUUACCUGACGCGCACUGGUAAACGGAUGAACGAUCGCUGUGUAUCGACGCUUGAGUCGCGGCUUGGCACGCGAAGACAGAAAUGCAAGCCAUCGUGAUGAAAAAAUUUACGCUUCCGUACCGACGUUCGUUGGAGUGGCGGCUAAAGUUUAAUGUCGAAAAGAGAUUUAACUGAUUUUGCUCUUUCAUGAAAGGCUCUAGCGAUGCACCUAGGGGAAUUCUACCUCACAGGUGGUCUACAGAGUUGGAGAUCUCACCGUAAGUUAAGAAGUACCAUUAGCGUUUCGUAGUUGAGCAGCAAAUUAUUUGACAGGAUGAUAACUUUUUUGCUUCCGUACCGGCAGCACAUCGUUGUUGGAAUGGCGGCUAAAGUUUUUCGAAAAGAGAUUUAUCUGAAGGAAAAAAAUCGAUGUUGUCCUCACUCGCGUAGCCACAAGAAGAGUCUAUGUGGUGCUAUUUCUAGGCACCGCAAGCGACUGCAGUUCUCUGAUGCGAUGCAUUCCAAACGAAAUUCGGUCCCAUAGUAUCACCAAACAAACAUUAACAGUUACUUCGAACCGGACAUGAUACAGAAGAAAUUUUAUCACUUGCACAAAAAGUAUCUACUUGCUUCACCGGGGCGGGAAAAACAAAAGUGCACGGAUAGCAUUUUUUGUGCGGGGUAAAAAUCGAACAGGGUUGUAAUAGUCCCAGAUCGGCCCGGCGCGUCUCAUUAACGUUAGAUGUUAGAAAGCUUGCAUGGCAAACACCGCUGUGGUGCAAAGAAGGCUUUGAUCAUGACAAACACCGCGUAGAAGGCUUGCGUGGACAAUAAGACUUAACUUCUCCCGCCCCCCAGGCAGAUACAUUCAUUUUUCUCACUCGAUCCGCUCGCGUUCAAGUGCCACCGGGAGCAGACAGAGAAUGGGAUGGAGCACAUUUUUCCCGUCCACGACAUAGCUUUUCACCCGAAGUAUAGAUACUGCUGUGAUCUAGCAUGAAGACUCUGUCUUGCUUCAUUUUUUUUUUCCACGCCACGGAUUUUUUACACCGGACAUUUGUACGUUUUUCGCGAAGCAACAUACAAUCGCCAGUUUUUAUCAACCGAUCCCCUCCAGGUGGCACACCUUCGCGACCGUGGGCGGCGACGGGACGCUGUGCAUGUGGGACGGGCAGGCGAAAAAACGAAUAUGGAAGACGUCGAAAUUCGACGACGAGAUUUCCGCGUUGAGUUUCUCCGCGAAUGGGCAGUAUCUGGCGAUGGGCGUCUCUUCCACGCAGUCCGUGGACGGGCCCAAAGAAAUCUGGAUCAAACAGCUCGCCGACCACGAGGUCGUGCCAAGGAGUCACCAGCUACAAAACCCUGCUCAAAGACGAUGAAAAACGAUGAUUCAUCGACGUACGCACGAGGAGAAGUAUUCCACAAGAACAUGAAACAGAAGCUCGCACCUUGCUUCGACAAAAAAAUUUCUUUCCCGGCGCGGCCCGAGCUGCAGUUCCUGCUUCGGCUAAUCGAG